AUGGUCAAUGGACUCGGCAGUUCCCAACAAACAACUUCAAGACAACACAACUCUUAUCUAAAGGACAACCUCGACAUCGUGCGACAGAAGUGCAGCGAGUUUCACGCCUGUACCGUGGAGCUGUAUAAGUCUGAGAACCUUCACCGCAUCCUGGCCGGCGACAACAUUCAGCUCCGUAACAUCUGUGGUCUGAUGUACCAAAACGCCAACGGCAGAUACAGGGUUCUGGACAACCAGUGCUCUACUCAGCACAUACCUCGACAAACUGUGCAGGAUAAAGGGAAACUCUACACUUCCGCACUGUGCAACUCAACUGAUGUACAGGUGACGACGGAGACGUUUUUCAACACCAAGUUGAGACAAUACCACUGUACCUGUAACACCUUUACUGAACAGUCAGCUGAUCCCUUGCCUCUGAGGCGGCUGAUUGGUGUGGUCUGUGGUGUGUCGCUGAUAUCGUUGCUCAUCGUCAUCAUCGUCGUUCUCUGCCUGCGACAACGGAAGCUCAAACGUCGUCUGACAACCGAGUCCAAACGCUCGGCAAACACAACAUCGCCGACAGAUGAAACUUGUUGUAGCAACCAGGGCAUCCGCGAUCGUCCUCAGGUACCCGAACGUUACAUCGCUUACCACGGUUCGGCGACCACCAGCCGCAGCGACUACGACUACCUGGAGCUGCUGCCAGACGUGGCCUGUGUGUACCACAAGAAUCAGUUACCUGAACAUCCUGCAACUGUCGCCAUCCAGCCUCCUCCACAAGACCGUCCGUACGCCCUGGCCAAGCACGUGGCGCCAUCUCCCGCCAGCGACAGGAAGACGAGGGCCACUGAAGGACCUGACAGGUCGCUGGAGGAAGCCACGUACUUCGAUAAGAUCGACAUCAAGUCCGUGACGGAGACCAGUCCUGACGGCGGCUACACCCCCCUGGGUCUCACCCCCACCUUGGUGGCCAGACACCAGUCGGCUGAUUCAGAAGAUGGCGAGAGUGGCAACCCUCAGUAUUUUGAACUCGAAUCUUCUUAAAACUGUAAAAUUUUCCCACAUUGUCCUUUUUGUUACUUCAAUCUAACGCGACUGUUAAUACGUGUAAACUGUGACGACUAUUAAGAUUCAUUUUCUCAAAGUUGUUAAUUUACCUGUUAUAUGUUUGCUUGUACAUCUAAAGACAAGUUUUCACUCCUUUGUGAUUUCACGCUGAUGUGAAUCAACACCCGUCGCACGUUAGACUGGUUUUAUUCCAGUCUCUCACUGUAUUUCCUGUUAUCUAGUUUACACCCGUUACCUGUCUAUUAACAUAAUUAAAGAAAUAAGAAAACUUGCAAUAAGACACUAUAAGACACAAAUCUGGACUAAUAUAUCCCUUCCAUUGUUAAUAGUUAAAACUUUUAACGCAAAAACAGAUUUGGCAAGUAAUUCCUUCCUGCGAUCAGUAAUACCCAUAAUCUUUGUGAAAGUUUCCUUGCUGUGGUUAGUCACUGAGCAUUUCCCUUCGUUUUUGCCCAUGAAAAUUCUUAAUUCCUAAUAAUUAUUAUCGAAUUCUGAAAUUGUUACAUUUGUACAUUAUUUAUCAAUAAAUCGUAUACCAAGAAGGACAUUUAUAAAUUUGCAUAAUGUAUGUCAGUAUUAAGGUUUUUAUUUCUACCAAUGUUCUGUACUUAAUAUUUUGUCUAAAAUAUAACUUACACACAGGUUGAAGAAUUGUCUGUAAUGGCAUGUGCUUGUAAUUCAUGCAUUUGUGUGAAGUAUUUGUGUAAAGA